UGGAGGAAGAAAUGGCUUUGGAAAAUUAGUGUCCCAAAAAGAGCGGUUUAAUUGUAUUGAGAAACGACGAACUUAUAAAUAGCAUAAGAAAAAUAAUCGAUUCCUGGCACCCGGUUGUAAGUGAAGUGAGGCUUCGCCUGGUUUCAUUUCACCCCAAGUUGGUGACUCCGUUCAAACUCUCACCGUAUCCAAAUACUACGUUUUUGUUUUUGCAACAUCCCCUUCUGCAGUCAAUGCAUUUCGUCUUGUAUAUAAACUCAAACCCAAUUUAGGUUUAAAGUCCACUCUUUCGAGAAGCAGAAAUGACAUCCAUGGCGGAGAAAGAGGUGCCGAAGCUCAAGCUGAAGCCUCGACGACUCAAAGGUCACGACGAUAGCACAACCUGCUGCAUUUCCUCACGCGAACGCUCUCAUCUCUUAGUCACUUCCGGCGAUGAUGGUCGUGUUUGCUGGUUUGAUUUGCGAUGCCCUGAUGUGCCGCAACUAGUUAUGGAUGUUAGUGUGGAGCCAGUUUCGUCUAUUUGUUUCAAGUCAGGGAUGGAAGAUACGAUUUAUGCCGCCUCUGGAAAGGAAAUCAAAGGUUUUGAUGUGCGAUUGGCUGCUGCCCAAUGGAAGCCAUUGGAGAGUUAUAAUUAUAACAAAGAGGAGAUAAACAAGGUUGUAUGCAACUCAAAGUCCUCAUUUCUUGCUGCAGCUGAUGAUAAUGGUGAGGUUAAGAUAAUUGACAUUCGCCAACAAUGCCUGUAUAAAACACUACGAGCUGGUCAUACAAGUAUAUGUAGCACUGUGGAGUUCCUUCCUUGGAGAUCUUGGGAAGUCAUUAGUGGAGGUCUUGAUUCAAUGCUCAUGUUGUGGGACUUCUCCAAAGGGCGCCCCUACAAAGUAGUGGACUUCGCUACUUUUGAUGUGAGUAGUAGCGUUGCAGGCCGGUGUGUCAACCCUGCUUUUGUUCAUGCAAUAGCUGUUCCAGAAGUUGAUAUGGUAGAUAAAUUAGACAAAAUAUGUGCUGUUGCUAGGGGUGAUGGAGCUAUUAAUGUGAUUAAUAUCGAAACAGAAAUGGCUUCUACAAAAUCAAAAAGCUCUUCAAAUUCUCGAAAAGGAUCACACUCAAGAUCAAAAGAUGGUAGUUCGUCUAGCAAUAUAGAGGCAGAUCAAAAUGAAAAGAAGAGGUUGCAUUUGGAUUACACAUUAGGUGGUCAUACUGCGGCUAUUUCCAGCCUGGCAUUUUCAAUGUUUGGGGAAAGAGGAAAAUUCUUGAUAUCCGGAGGAAAUGAUAAGUUGGUGAAGGUAUGGAAUUGGUCCCUUUUUCUAGAGGCUGGAUUAAGUGAGGAUGACAACAAUGAUAUCCUACAUUUGAACAUUGAAGUACCUCGAAAAGUCAAUUGGCUGUGUACCACCUCAGCUGAUACAGACAACCUUGUUGUGUGUGAUACGUCUAAAGUAGUAAAGGUCUACUCCAUAGCAUACACUGAAACCAUGACACCGACUUUCCAACCUCACAAAAGGAACCCUCCACCGCCACCUUCACCUCCACCGUCUGCACAUCCUUUGCAUUUCUAUACGAAGGUGGUGCAAAACCAAAAGAUGGUGCAGUCUGGUGUUCCCCUCUGCAAUACUUGUGGGGAACAAGUGGGACUAAAUGAUAAUGGGGAGGUGUUUGUGGCUUGUCAUCAGUGCAAUUUCCCAAUUUGCAAGGAUUGCUUUGAACAUGAGCUCAAUGAAGACCAUAGGGUCUGCAUGAAGUGUGGCACUCCCUAUGAAGAGAGAACAAAGGAGGAGGAGGAUUUCCAUGAGAUAGAAGUUCAUGAAAAUCAAUCCACGAUGGCUUCCGAAAUCAGUAACUCCCAGGAUGUUGGACUCCACGCUAGACAUGUCAGUUCAGUAUCCUCGGUUGAUAGUGAAGAAGUAAAAGAAGAAUCUGGAAAGUCCUUUUGGAAAAAUAGAGUUGAAAUCUGGAAGGGAAAGGAUAAAAAGAACAAGAAGAAAAAGGCUGCACCAAAGGUAGAAAACGAGGCUUCCGUUCCACCUGAGCAGCAGAUGGAAGAAACACGGCCCAAUGCAUCUGCUGCUGCGCCACUUUCAGUAAUUAUUCCAAUGUCAAAAUCCAAAAUAGCACCAUACAGAACUGUGAUAAUAAUGCGAUUGAUAAUAUUGGGUCUUUUCUUUCAUUAUCGAGUUACCAACCCUGUUGAUAGUGCUUUUCCUCUGUGGUUGACAUCUAUCAUCUGUGAGAUCUGGUUUGCAUUUUCCUGGGUGCUAGAUCAAUUCCCUAAAUGGUGUCCUGUCAAUAGGCAAACUUUUAUUGACAAUCUGUCUGCCAGGUUUGAAAGAGAGGGUGAAGCCAAUGAACUUUCCGCUGUUGAUUUCUUUGUCAGUACAGUGGAUCCUUUGAAAGAGCCACCAUUGAUCACUGCCAAUACAGUGCUCUCUAUCCUUGCUGUUGACUAUCCAGUGGAUAAAGUAUCGUGUUAUGUGUCAGAUGAUGGUGCUGCAAUGCUCACAUUCGAAUCUCUCGUGGAGACUGCUGACUUUGCAAGGAAGUGGGUGCCAUUUUGCAAGAAGUUUUCAAUUGAACCAAGAGCACCCGAGUUUUACUUCUCUCAGAAGAUUGACUACCUGAAGGACAAGGUGCAACCUUCUUUUGUGAAGGAGCGUAGAGCAAUGAAGAGAGACUAUGAAGAGUACAAAGUACGAGUUAAUGCUUUGGUAGCUAAGGCUCUGAAAACACCAGAAGAAGGAUGGACAAUGAAAGAUGGUACCCCUUGGCCGGGAAAUAACUCACGUGAUCACCCUGGCAUGAUUCAGGUUUUUCUUGGACACACUGGUGCCCGUGACACAGAAGGAAAUGAACUUCCCAGGCUGGUUUAUGUUUCCAGAGAGAAAAGACCAGGUUACCAACAUCACAAGAAAGCUGGUGCAGAAAAUGCACUGGUGAGAGUGUCUGCAGUUCUCACAAACGCUCCCUUCAUUCUUAAUCUUGACUGUGAUCAUUAUGUUAACAACAGCAAAGCCGUUCGGGAAGCAAUGUGUUUUCUCAUGGAUCCAGAAGUUGGUAGAGAUGUGUGUUAUGUGCAGUUCCCCCAAAGAUUUGACGGUAUUGAUCGCAGUGAUCGAUAUGCCAAUCGUAAUACAGUUUUCUUUGAUGUUAACAUGAAAGGACUUGAUGGUAUUCAAGGACCAGUAUAUGUGGGAACUGGAUGUGUUUUCAAUAGACAUGCACUUUACGGGUAUAGCCCUCCUUCUAUGCCCAGCAUACCAAGAUCAUCGUGCUGUUGCUGCCCCUCGAAGAAGUCCACCACAGAUGGCGUUUACAGAAACGCAAAGCGAGAAGAACUUCAAGCUGCUAUUCAUAAUCUCAAGGAGAUCGACAAUUAUGAUGACAAUGAGAGAUCAACGCUGAUUUCUCAAAUGAACUUUGAAAAAACUUUUGGCUUGUCUACUAUUUUCAUUGAAUCUACGCUGAUGGAGAAUGGAGGAGUGCCUGAAUCUGCAGAUCCGUCAAUGCUGAUCAAGGAGGCCAUUCAUGUAAUUAGCUGUGGAUAUGAAGAAAAGACUGAAUGGGGAAAAGAGAUUGGUUGGAUUUAUGGUUCAGUAACUGAGGAUAUCUUAACGGGGUUCAAGAUGCAAUGUCGAGGAUGGAAAUCAAUUUACUGCAUGCCCUUGAGGCCUGCAUUCAAAGGAUCUGCACCUAUCAACCUGUCUGAUAGAUUGCACCAAGUCCUUCGAUGGGCACUUGGAUCAGUUGAAAUUUUCCUAAGUAGACACUGCCCCCUCUGGUAUGGAUUUGCUGGAGGCCGUCUCAAAUGGCUGCAGAGAAUGGCUUAUAUAAACACCAUUGUGUACCCUUUUACAUCCCUUCCUCUUAUUGCUUAUUGCUGUUUGCCAGCCAUCUGUCUCCUCACAGGAAAAUUUAUCAUACCAACGCUCUCCAACGUUGCAAGUGUUCUCUUUCUUGGACUUUUCCUCUCAAUCAUAAUAACCAGUGUGCUUGAGCUGCGCUGGAGUGGUGUUAGUAUCGAAGAUUUGUGGCGUAAUGAGCAGUUCUGGGUGAUUGGAGGUGUUUCAGCCCAUCUAUUUGCUGUGUUCCAAGGAUUUCUAAAGAUGCUGGCUGGUGUUGACACCAACUUCACUGUCACUGCUAAGGCUGCAGAAGACGGUGAGUUUGGUGAACUUUACCUUGUGAAGUGGACUACUCUCUUGAUUCCUCCGACAACCCUUAUCAUUGUUAACAUGGUUGGUGUUGUUGCUGGAUUCUCUGACGCACUUAAUGGAGGGUACGAGUCUUGGGGACCCCUCUUUGGGAAAGUNUUCUUUGCAUUCUGGGUGAUUUUUCAUCUCUACCCNUUCCUCAAAGGUCUCAUGGGUCGCCAAAACCGCACGCCAACCAUUGUUGUUCUCUGGUCAGUGUUGUUGGCCUCUGUCUUCUCUCUUAUUUGGGUCAAGAUAAACCCAUUUGUUCACAAAGUUGACACUGAAGCCAUCUCCGAAACCUGCGUUGCCAUAGAUUGUUAACAGAGAGGUUUUGAAAAUAUGUAUUUAUAUUAUAUCUAUGAACGUUUAAAAUAUAGAUUUUUUAUGUGCAUUGAAAAGUUGAAAUUCAAGUUGUUGUCCAAUUUAUACUCACUGUUUCCAUCACCAUGACAAGAUUACCAUUUUUUCCGCAUAUAUUUGUCUCACAAAUUCACCUAUUUUCUUUGCCUGUUAACUCACCAGCAUUGCAUUAUUGAAUAAACUACUUCA